AUGAGUAAGAAUAUUUUUGUAACAGGAACGGGAACUGAAAUUGGAAAGACCUAUGUGGCAGGACUUCUUGUGAAGAAGCUUCACGAGGCAGGAGAAAAAUCUGCAUACUAUAAAGCUGCCAUGAGUGGAAACGACAAGGAUGCUGAUGGAAAUCUCAUACCUGGUGAUGCAAAAUUUGUAAAAGAACUAGUAGGUAUAGACCAAGAUCUUAAUGAAAUGUGUCCCUACGUUUAUGACAAGGCCUACUCUCCUCACUUGGCAGCUCAAAUCGAGGGCAAUCCCGUGAAUCUUGACUAUGUAGUGGAAAAGUUUAGGGACUUAGAGAAAAAAUACGACUACAUUACUCUUGAAGGCUCUGGAGGGAUUCUUUGUCCACUAAGGUUUGAUGAUGAAGAAAUUUAUUUAGAGGAUUUUGUAAAGAAGGCAAAGCUUUCUUCUAUCAUUGUUGCCGAUGCAGGCCUUGGAACUAUAAACAAUCUUGUCUUGACAGCCUUUUACAUGAAGGAAAAGGGAAUGAAGGUCAAGGGAAUAAUUUUUAACAAUUUUACUCCGGGAGAUGUGCUGCAAGAGGACAACAUAAAAAUGUGCAAGCAUAUGUCGGGCCUCAAAGUCCUAGCCUGUGUAAAGAAGGGCGACAAGGACUUGGAUAUAGAUAUUGAUAAACUAAGAGAGAUUUAUGAAUAG